GCCCCGUCCCGGCUUAGCCGCUAAGGUGCCAGCGGACCCAGUGGGAUGCCUACGCUAGCCCAGUCUGGUAGUUCUUCUCCAUCCUCUGCUUCCUGCCAAGCCACACCUACAUCUUUCCCAUGAACACGGCGGUAUCAUGGACUAAAUGAUGAGAGAAGAACUAAUGAGAAUUCGAUGUGCUUUCUAACCAUCUAUGAGCGAUGGCCGUUGCCCAUCCGAUGUGGUCAAUCGCGAUUAAAUAAUACCACAAUACGAGAGGUGGCACUGGACAGCAGAAGGUUGGGAUGGGAUCCCUGCAAGGACCCGCCGGGCUGUAAGCGACGGAAUUGCCUCGAAAUUAACGAUCGUUUCAACAGAAAAUUUUUUUUAUGGAGUCAUGAUUGCAAUAGAGACACAAAUGAGAUAAAAAUAAAUUAAAAUAAUGCGUGGGAUUAGAAGACCAUAGCUAUCUGAAUCUCUCUCGA